AUGGCUGCGAUAGGUAGUGUACCAAUAAUAAUGGAUUCCCAAAAUCAAGUGCAAAGUGAUAAUGUAGAUCGUUUGAAAUUACUUUAUCCUAACGUUAACGAGGAAGAAACGCCUUUACCCAGAUCAUGGAGCACUAAGGAUAAAUUCAGCUAUAUCGGGUUGUCGCAGAAUAAUCUGCGAGUCCAUUAUAAAGGUCAUGGCAAGACACACAAGGACGCGGCCAGCGUGCGCGCGACGCAUCCCAUCCCCGCGGCGUGCGGCCUCUAUUACUUCGAGGUGCGCAUCGUGUCCAAGGGCCGCGACGGGUACAUGGGCAUCGGCCUGUCCGCACAUGGAGUCAACAUGAACAGAUUGCCUGGUUGGGACAAACACUCGUACGGGUAUCACGGCGACGACGGACACUCGUUCUGCUCGUCAGGAACCGGGCAACCGUACGGGCCGACCUUCACCACUGGUGAUGUCAUCGGCUGCGGCGUCAACCUCGUCGACAACACAUGUUUCUACACAAAGAACGGACAUCAUCUCGGCAUCGCUUUCAGAGGACUACCCCCCAACCUGUACCCGACGGUGGGCCUGCAGACGCCGGGCGAGGUGGUGGACGCCAACUUCGGCCAGCAGCCCUUCGUGUUCGACAUCGAGGACAUGCUGCGCGAGCUGCGCGCGCGCACGCGCUGCGCCAUCGACGAGUUCCCGCUGCCCGACGACCAGGGCCAGUGGCAGCAACUACUGCACAAGAUGGUAUCAUCGUACCUGGUACACCACGGCUACUGCAGCACGGCGCAGGCAUUCUCCCGCGCCACCGGCCAGCCCAUCGACGAGGACGUCGCCUCCAUCAAGAACAGACAGAGGAUAUCCAAGUUGGUGGUGGCGGGUCGUAUCGGCGAGGCCAUCGAGGUGACGCGCGCCCUGUACCCGGGCCUGCUGGACCGGGACCACGACCUGCUCUUCCUGCUCAAGUACCGCCAGUUCAUUGAGAUGGUCAACGGAACUGAUGGAGAGGGCGCGCGCAGUAACGGCGUGGCCACGUCCGUCAUCUCGCACACGUCGCACUCCUCGCGCACCAACGGACACGCGCACGACGGCGAGGGCGGCGGGGGCGAGGGCGGGGGCGCAGGCGGGGGCGCGGCGGCCGACGGGGGCGCGGGCGACGUCGACAUGGCGCCCGCCACCAACGGACAGACCGGUGCGCGGGCGCUGCCGCUGGUCAAGGGCAUGCCGGGAGUGACGGCCAACAUCGCCGCGCUGUUGCCCCAGCACUCGGAGGCGGAGUGCGGCGCGCGCGCCUCCGUGGAGCGCAUGCUGGCCUUCGGCCGCGACCUGUACGCCAUGAGCCAGCGCCUGCAGCAGGACCCCGGCGCCAAGGCCGUGCUCGAGCCGGCCAACGAGCGGAUGGACCGCUUGAUGGACGCGUUCAGUCUGCUGGCGUACAGCAACCCGUGGGACAGCCCCGUCGGCUGGCAGCUGCAGCCUGUACGCAGGGAGGCAGUCUGCGAGGCACUCAACGCGGCCAUACUCGAGUCGCAGGGCAUGCGCUGGAUCUCGCCGGUGGAGGCGUGCGUGUCCGCGUCGCGCGAGCUGCUGCGGCGCAUGGCGCGCGGCGGGCUGGGCGCCUGCGCCUUCGCCGACCUGGCCGCGCUGCUGCGCCGCUGA